AAAUUAUGCAACGCCACUUCGCUUGCCCCUCUCUUUAAUUUCUCAAUCUUCUCAAUUCCCUUCCCUUUGACUCACCACACUACUCCCCUUACUUAAUCUCCCUUCCCACAAUUUGAUAUCUUCAUUUGCUUCCAACUCCUCUCCCUGGCUAGGUGGGAAGGUGCGAAUUAAAGUUACAGUUGGUGAAUGGUAAUUAAUUGGGGGUAAUUAAAAGUAGUAGAAGAUGGAUUGGUUAAUAGAGUUGAUGACAAGUGCGUUGUUGUUGCUAUUAAAGCCGCUUCCGCUGAUCACUCUGUGCGUGAAAAGCUGUGGCAUUGUCGUCCUGACGUGCAUCGAGCUUCUCAGAAACGCUAUCUCCCUCCACCUUAGCAUCUUUUGGAGUGUCAUUACUUUGGCCUUUGCUACUUUUACCCUUCCUAUGCGUUUGUUAAACGCUCUUCAAAAUGAAAAAACGCUUGAAAUGCAAUUGCAAGAAAUGCAGAUAGAGUUGGAGAGAGUGGACUGGGAAAGAAGGAGAUUGGAGAAACAACUAAGUGUGGCCAUCAAUGAACACAAGAUGAUGGCCUUGAUGUUAAGGGAAUUGGAGGAUGAACUGGAUCAGGCUUUUCUCAAGAUCGAUCAGCUGGAGGAGGAGCAUCGGGAUCUGAAGGGAGAAAACCAACAGCUGAAGGAGAUUCGAGGGAAAGGACGUUGGAGUCAAGGGGAACAUUUUCCCGCCAGUUCCAGCAAAAACAUUACUUAUAAUAAUACUAAUAAAAAUAAUAAUAAUCAUAAUAAUAACAACAAUAAUAAACUUGUCAAGCCUGAGGUAGGAGUGGGCCUAGACCCGGCCCAAGCCCAACAACACCAAAGAAGAAAAGCAGCCCUAGUGAAGAGUCUUUUCAGCGCGGGGUUAUCCGUGGUGGUGGGGACAACGGUGUGGACCGCCGAAGAGCCGUGCGGGCCGCUCGUCGCCGCCCUUUUCGCGGUGGUGGCGAUGUCAUUGAGCAGCGUCGUGGGCUUCUUCUUCGCCAUAAAAAACAACCCGGCUUCAGAGGCGGUGGCUCUCCUCUGCUUCAACUGGUUUAUACUGGGAACGCUGACCUACCCGGCUCUGCCAAAGGUUGCUCUUUUCUUGUCUCCUUUGGGCCGGAAACUGUCCGGAGUGACAAUGAAGUUCUUCUCCGGCAGUUAUGUAUGAUGUUUUAUUACUCAUGUCCCUGCUCUUUUUUUUUUAAGAAAUGAAAAAAAUAUAAUAGUGUUACUUUUUCUUUUCUUUUUUAGAGUACUUUAUGAAAUGUAUAAAAAAGAGGGAGGUUCUACGCUGAACCAAGUGACCUUGUUUAUCUAUUGCCAAAUACGAUGUAAUUUUCUGAUUCCCGUAAGAAUCUUUUAAUUUUGUGAUUAUUUUGAGUUGAACUGAAAUUUUGUGAUCUAUUUUGAUUUGAUAUGUGAAAUAUCUCAUAUAC